CGGAUCGCUGACAAACCCACCACCACGCCGACAUCCGACCAGCACAGCGUCCAGUCGCCCGCGGUCGACGGCUUUUGUCGAUUGCCUCAUCCUUUUCCCCUGCCGGCCUUUGAUUACAGCGACACCGCCACCUUUCUGCACUCGCCCACCACCGCGGCUUCCCUUCUCGUUUGUUUUCCUUCUGUACACCACCAGCAUCUCGUCCUCGCAUCCACAACCGCCACAAUGUACCGCUCAGCGCUGCGCGCCACGCCGCGCAUCUCGCCGUCCGUCCGACACUCGGCCCUGCGCUCCGCCGCACCCCGGCGCUUCGCCUCGACCGUGCCCGCCGACAAGAGCCGCAGCUGGAAGAGCUCGGCCGCCAGAUGGGGUCUCGCCAUUGGCGCACUCUACUACUACAACACAAGCACAGCGUUUGCCGAGGAGCCCAUAUCAUCGACAGUGCCCGCCCCGGCGCACUUCUCCGACGAUGACAUGACCACCGUCGACGCAAUCGUCGCCCAGAAGCGCAAGGAGGCCGAGGCUCGGCAGCUCAAGGCCGCCGCCAGCGAAGCGACCGCCAAGUCCCCCGCGGCCUCCGCCACGAACACGAAGACGACACAGAACCAAGAUGGCUCCUCCUCCUCCUCCAGCAGCCCGUCCGAGGGCGAUGCGCAGGCAUCCCCAGCUCCACAGCCGGGCAGCCCGGAGGCGCUCGAGGCGGAGGCUGGCCAGCAGGGCGCUUUCAACCCCGAGACGGGCGAGAUCAACUGGGACUGCCCGUGCCUCGGCGGCAUGGCCGACGGCCCCUGCGGCGAGGACUUCAAGGCCGCGUUCAGCUGCUUCGUGUACUCGACCGAGGAGCCCAAGGGCAUAGACUGCAUUGACAAGUUCCAAGCCAUGCAGGACUGCUUCCGCCAACACCCCGAGAUCUACGGCGAGGAGCUAGCUGACGACGAAGAAGCCGGCGAGGCUGCGCCACCGGUCGAGGGUGAGGCUGCUGCGCCUGCGGCCCCGAAGACUGCCGCCACGACGGAAUCGACGGAUGCUGUGCCCGCCGAGAUCCCAAAGCCUGAGAAGGAGACCGCGAAGGUUGAGACGACCGCGCCGAAGCAAGCUCAGCCUACAUCGGUGACAGCCGAGGCGCCUGCGCCCAAGACCAAGCUCCCGACCAGCAACUCUGGGCCCAAGCCUGAUCCCAUGCGCGACGCGACUCAGGCGCCUGUGAAGAACUAGACGAGGGAGUUUCCGAUUGUACCAUACAGGUGUGUGUGUAAUGGGACACGAAAGACGGGAGCUCAGGAUGGGAAGGCACGCAUCUCACUCGCAUUUUGAAAGAAAAAAGUAUUUGUACCGGUGCUCGUCGCAUAAAGGGAUCCUUGAGAGAUGGCAUCUGGAGAGCUAGUGUACAACAAGAUCUGUAUAUAUUCACAAGCACGAGUUAUGUCUCAAUAGACGCUGAAAGCGAAGUGAGCAGGGCGUGCCAAGGACGUGUCCUGGUAGCGUUGUUUUGGUUUCGGACAACAGAAAGUGUAAAAUCCAGUGAGC